AUGUCGGGGCGAUGCGCCUUCGCAUACCAGCGCCACAAGCAGCAAUGUAUUCAAACAUGUCUACACUGCGAUUUAGCCUCCAUGUGCUACCGCACGGCGCGAACAAUUACGAGACUGUUCCCUGUCUGCGCCCGCGGAGCUGCGGAGGACAUUAAUUGCCGAACGGCAUGCAUCGAGGCAGUGAGUCAGACGGCUCAGUGUGCCAGGCGUCAGUCGUACACGUCCGAUGCAUGCAAAGCGAAACUCCACUACUGGCGGUAUGUGCCGCUCGAAGCAGUCGCCAAGUGUGCCAGCGAUGGCUCCACCAUCCCUGACAAAUUAAUAAUGUUCAACAACAACAACAACAACAACAACAACGCCACAACUGGAGGCGGUCGGCGCGAAGAGCCCGCACACUUGCGUGGCUCGCUCCCGUUGUGCCAACGAUGGCUCCACCAUCAUUGA